CUAUAGCCAUAGCUCAUCAUCCACCCUCUCUUCCUUCCUUCCUUCCUUCCUUCCACACAGACCAGACCAGGCAUCCCGACACUACACGCAGACUCUCGACUUUGUCACUAGCAUCAUUGCUUGAUGAUCGAUGCUGAGCUGCAACCAAGCACCAGCAUAUCCUUUCCUUCAUUCCUUCCUGGUGCUGGUAGAAGAAGAACAAGCUAGCUAGAGUGAUAAGAGCUAGCUACCUUGCAGAUCGAUCUCCGGCCAGCGAUUGAUCCCAUCCAGUAUAAUAAUGGCGGCCAUCACGCUCCUACGUUCAGCGUCUCUUCCGGGCCUCUCCGACGCCCUCGCCCGGGACGCUGCUGCCGUCCAACAUGUCUGCUCCUCCUACCUGCCCAACAACAAGGAGAAGAAGAGGAGGUGGAUCCUCUGCUCGCUCAAGUACGCCUGCCUUGGCGUCGACCCUGCCCCGGGCGAGAUUGCCCGGACCUCGCCGGUGUACUCCAGCCUCACCGUCACCCCUGCUGGAGAGGCCGUCAUCUCCUCGGAGCAGAAGGUGUACGACGUCGUCCUCAAGCAGGCAGCAUUGCUCAAACGCCACCUGCGCCCACAACCACACACCAUUCCCAUCGUUCCCAAGGACCUGGACCUGCCAAGAAACGGCCUCAAGCAGGCCUAUCAUCGCUGCGGAGAGAUCUGCGAGGAGUAUGCCAAGACCUUUUACCUUGGAACUAUGCUCAUGACGGAGGACCGACGGCGCGCCAUAUGGGCCAUCUAUGUGUGGUGUAGGAGGACAGAUGAGCUUGUAGAUGGACCAAAUGCCUCGCACAUCACACCGUCAGCCCUGGACCGGUGGGAGAAGAGGCUUGAUGAUCUCUUCACCGGACGCCCCUACGACAUGCUUGAUGCUGCACUUUCUGAUACCAUCUCCAAGUUUCCUAUAGAUAUUCAGCCUUUCAGGGACAUGAUAGAAGGGAUGCGGUCAGACCUCAGAAAGACUAGAUACAAGAACUUCGACGAGCUCUACAUGUACUGCUACUAUGUUGCUGGAACUGUGGGGCUAAUGAGUGUUCCUGUGAUGGGUAUUGCACCCGAGUCGAAGGCAACAACUGAAAGUGUGUACAGUGCUGCUUUGGCUCUCGGCAUUGCAAACCAGCUCACAAAUAUACUCCGUGACGUUGGAGAGGACGCGAGAAGAGGGAGGAUAUAUUUACCACAAGAUGAACUUGCAGAGGCAGGGCUCUCUGAUGAGGACAUCUUCAAUGGCGUUGUGACUAACAAAUGGAGAAGCUUCAUGAAGAGACAGAUCAAGAGAGCUAGGAUGUUUUUUGAGGAGGCAGAGAGAGGGGUGACCGAGCUCAGCCAGGCAAGCCGGUGGCCGGUCUGGGCGUCUCUGUUGUUAUACCGGCAAAUCCUUGACGAGAUAGAAGCAAACGAUUACAACAACUUCACAAAGAGGGCGUACGUUGGGAAGGCGAAGAAAUUGCUAGCGCUUCCAGUUGCAUAUGGUAGAUCAUUGCUGAUGCCCUACUCACUGAGAAAUAGCCAGAAGUAGGAGGCGGGAAGAGGAGAUAAAGGGAAGAUGAUGAGCAGGUUAGGCUUAGAUAGGAAAAAUCAGACAGCAUCUGCCUUCCGAUUAAUGUUGAGGAAAUUAUAUUAUUGUGUGUAUCAUACAUAGCAUGUAUAGGGAAAAUGCUGCAGGCAGGCAGGCAGGCUAGGUGAUGGUUGAAUAUUUCCUUCACAUCAUGUAUGUAUAUCCUUCCUUGAUGCUACAGCACAUAUGUAUGUAUGACUCUGAAGAAAGAGCAACCUGUAUAGUAGCUAACCGGCUAUGGCCUAUGUAUGGGCCGCAGAGGUGAGCAAACAAAAAUCAUCAUCCAUGGAUUGAUUGAUUGAUUGAUUGAUACA